UAACUUCCAGAUCGAUAAUGCUGUACUCCGAAAAAUCGAUAUUGUAUUUAUAUUUUCGAUUUCGAGCAAGUGCAUCCGGAGACCAUGAGUCUGGACUACACGAACUUGUUGCUGAACUGCCUGGCGAACUUCUACCACGCGAUCUACUUCUACGUGUCACUCUUUUCGAUGUCCUACUGCGUUGUACUGUGGCAGGUGCGGCACAGGAUCUACCAGAUGGACUUGUCCUGGGAGAGGAUCUCAUUGGUGUAUAGCUGCGCCGCGGCACUGAUUCUGAUACUGACCCUGGUAAUCUACUACUCCUGGAUGGCCAUGGUUCUGAUUUGGCGACAGUAUUGCGUAUAUUAUAGCGCCUCGAAACGCACGAGAUUCCUGUUCGACCUGUACAGAAGGCAGCUGGUGGGUGAGUUGAAGUAGUGAUCUGAUUAAUCCCCGAAUUGCUUGCAAUAAAUUAAUCAGUAUGGCACUAAAUGGGCGCUGGUGGAGCGGCAAUAUGCAAAUCGUUUAAUCAAAAUGUAAAUGCAAAUGGCGAAAAAUUAAAAUGUUCUCUCAUCAGAAGUCGCGCAAACAG